GCAAACCAAAAAAUUAAGAGUCUAACGAAUUCGGUAUUUUGCGAUCUUAUUGAAUUUCCUGCCCACGACUCCGCAGGAAACAGCAAACACACGACAACCACGCCAAACCGUCGACAUCAUGCGUACUUACGAAGAUUCCUUCUCCGGAGCCAAGAUCUACCCUGGAAAGGGCAAGCUCUACGUCCGUGGAGACUCCAAGAUCUUCCGUUUCCAAAACGGUAAAUCCGAAUCUUUGUUCUUGCAACGCAAGAACCCUCGCCGAAUUGCAUGGACCGUCCUCUUCAGAAGACAACACAAGAAGGGUAUCUCUGAGGAAGUCGCCAAGAAGCGUUCCCGCAAGACCGUCAAGUCCCAAAGAGCUAUCGUCGGUGCUUCCCUCGAUGUCAUCAAGGAGCGAAGAAACCAGAGACCAGAAGCCAGAUCCGCUGCUCGUGAGUCCGCCAUCAAGGCCGCUAAGGAGAAGCGUGCCGCAGAGCAAGCCGCCAAGAAGGCCACAAAGGCAAAGACCAAUGUCUCCACCCAAUCGAAAGUCAGCAAGCAAGGUUCCAAGGGUAAGGCACCAAAGCCAAUGAACACCAGCCGUUAAAUGUUUUGUUCAUGGUUGUCGGGGUGCAAUGGAAGGGAAAUUGGGUUGUUGUUAACGAAAUGAACGAAUAAUCUUCGAAAGUUUCGGGGAGAUUUUUCAAUCAAGCAUGGAUGAGCAAAAUGGGCUUUCUGCGUGAUCUUGAUCAAUAGCAUUUACAAUGACAAGACUGGUACAAACAACGAUGGUCAGGAAGGAUAUUCAACUUAGUGCAAUGCGAUGCGAUGUGUGUGAUGCAUAUGUAUUCGCAUUUUGCCAAGUUCCAGAACUUGGGAGAUUUUUUUACGGACAAAUGGAGUCAUUUGGUUUUCUGGGCCUACGAAAGACCUAGCAUCUUUAUAAUACUACCAAUUCCACCGGAAAUGCAUCGAUCUGAGAGCAUUGUUUGUGGUUUCUAUAUUUCCGGUUCUUCCUUUUUUCUUCUAACAACCUAAAUCACAACUAGCUUCUUCCUCUAUCCCUAAGCACCUCAGAGGCUUUCCACUCACCACCCAAAGCUCGAUCUCCGUCUUUUCGAUUCAAAAUGUGCAGUAUGCUCACACCAUAUCAAGACAUACCCAAUCAAGCAUUCUCGAAGUCCCCUGAAUAUGCGCUUCUUCAAAUCUCACUUUCCAUUCCCAAUUUUGACCAUGGCCUGUCUUAUAACAUUCAAAAUUUCUACGUGCCAUUGCCUGAUUAAUCCAAUUUCACCAAUGCCUUUUUUUUUCGCUUACAUUUCCAUAUCCUUGGGCUUGUAUUUCAUAUUUCAUAUCAUCACCCGACGUUACCUUACAUGAAACAUCAUGAAAAGGUAAUGUUAAAAUUUCUUUGUGGCUUUUCCGCUGCUCAUUCAGGUGUCUUGGACUGGGUAGUAGAGGUCACAUAAGGGUCGCAUUUAGGGCACUGGAAGGACAGAACGGCGGCAAGUAUCAGCGUCAGUUUCUGGGCUAGCUUUUGUAACGCUAUAUUAUGAUUGAGGUUUGGGAUUUGGAAUUUCGAGUUUGGGGCUGGGCUCGUUCAGAAUGAUUGUGUAUUGCACAAUUGAAUUAUGUUAAUCCUUUGAAUAGAUAAAACUUCCAGCGAAAGUUCAUCAAUGGGUACGAUGAUAUUUUGGUUAUAUGGUUCUCGACAUAAUAGAGAUGUAUUUAUGUUACGUUAUUACAAACACUGCACUAUCAGCAAAACAAACCAGCACGCCCGCAUUCCGCUAUCAUCAUUACCAAGUUCCUGUGUUGCCUCUUUCAGUAAUCAUCUGUCAAGAACA